UCUGUCUCAGGUUGACUGGCAUCUCAUUGAUGGGAGACGCCCGAUGUGCCUUAACGUUAGAAGAACUUCGACCGACAACAAGGAAGUUGACAACAAACGAGUGACUUUCGACGAGUGCCUUUUUAACCAUGCGUAAAAGUGUAUGGAUAGUCUGCAUACUGGUGAUCGGUCUGUUGCCAUUGGCAUCAUCAAGCGGCUGUCAAAUUGGGAAUUACAGUCACAACGGGAAUACAUGCUGCCUUUGUUCUAAAGGUUAUUUUGUUCUCAGCCACUGCGACGCAGCCAACCCCCAGCCUAAAUGUGAGCACUGCCCAACAGGAACAUAUGCUGCAGAGGCCAAUUCUGAGGGAAAGUGUGAGCAGUGCUCUGUAUGCAACUCUAAAGCCAAUCUAGAGGAAGAAGGACGCUGCACAACCAUAUCCGAUGUUGUGUGUAGAUGCAUGAAGGGUUUCUUCUGCGAAUCAGAGCAUUGUAAAGCAUGUCAUCCUUGUGAAGAAUGUGACUUUGGAGUGGAGGAACCAUGCACACCCAGGAAGAACACUGUUUGCAAGAAAACUUCUGAUGGUAUUGGUAUUGGUGCUGGUGUUGGUAUCGCUGUUGCUGUUAUCGCUACUGCUGCUCUGAUUUGUGGUGCUCUUUGGUGGAAAAAGAAGUUUUGUUUUGCCAAGAAGCUGACACCUGCAGUUCCAGAGGUUGGACUUCUGCUAAAAGGCAUCGACUUGAAUAAAUUCAUAGACGAAAUUGUUGAACAUCUGUCUUGGAGUGACAUGAGGAAGGUUGCCGCCAGGACUGGGAUGUCUCCUGUUCAGGUGGAUCGACACAAGCAUGACAAUCCUGGUUCAGAGGAGGAGCAGACCAGAAGCCUUCUCAUUGCAUGGAUUGAAAAACAAGGUCUGCAGCCAGCCAGUGAGAGCUUCUUUCAAACACUCCGCAAGUGUAACUUGAACCACAAGGCUGAUAAGAUUGAACUUCUCAUCACGGAAAAAGCUGAUGUCUGAUAGGGGCUGAUAAGUGGCGUCAGAUAUGAUGUGCCUACAUAUUGUUCUAUGACUUGGAUGUGUUGUGCAGAAUGAGCCAGCAGACAUAUAGAGUUUCAUUUUCAUACGUUAAUAUGUUUGUUGUUGGGAUGUACAGGCUAGGCCAGUGUUAAUUGUUAAUUGUUAAUUGCUGUCCUUAUGUUGUGCUGUGCUUUGCUAUGUUUAAUGUGGUGUGGCUUGUGCAGAGCUGUUUUGUUGUUGUGUAAGGUGGUGUGCUCUGUUUGUUGCUUUGUAUGUUCUUUGUUUGUACUAACUGGUGUUUAUUGUUGUUUAUGUGUGCAUGGUUGGUCCACUGUAGGUGAGGUGAGGUCUCUCUAUAUUUUAGGUGUUUUAAGUGUUGCCUUUCUUGGCCAGGGACCAAGUUAUUGACCAAUAAUGAGCCACCUACAGUAUACAAUGAAAAGUCUUCAAACACCAGUGCAGCAUUAGGUGUUUUUAUAUCCCACACAACACGUCUGAUUGAUUUCAAAUAUGCAAACAAGAUAGAGGCUCACCAUAUCUCUGUCUUCUCCGUGAUUACCUGGAUUUUUGAGAUGAAGGCAAGGAGCUGUUGUUGUGAGUAUUAUCACUUUGAGCUGUUAAGUCUGGUGAAGUUGAUGUUGCCCAUCAUUGCCCCACUCCCCUCAUUCUGAGUUUACAGUGAUAAGAUUAUAAUUGUAGUCAAUCUGACAAUGCUUUAUAACUUUAUUUGGCAUUACAUUUGACUCAGGACAUGUAAUAAAAAGUGCAAUCUGAUAGUA